CCUAUAUACUUGCGUACACCUCGCUCUCUCUGUGUAUCUCUCUUUCCCCCCCCCCCCUGGUCCUUUUCUGGGAGGGGGGGCUUGGCUAGGGGUGUCCAUCGGCUAAGGUUAGAAAUAUGAACUACAGAGACAGUGAGACACCUAGGGACUAGGACUUUGAUGCAGUCACGCGAAUACUACCGCUGAAUAAAGACACUGAAGGUCCCAUCAACCCUAGCCUUGGAUCUUUCUGUGCUACUUUUACCCCACCGAUGUCCAUCGCCUGGUCCAUACACCAACGUUACUUUCUCGUCGAUAUGUCGCCGAAGAAUAAGAGCCACUGCAAUACCUCCAGGAACACAAGAGCUCCGAACCCGGUUUGGAGAAAGGCCCGCCUUCUGCCUCGUUCUGUCAGAGAGAUCAACAUACGCUGGAGGAAGACCAACUCUUUGAGAAAACGAUACAUGGGAUUGUGAUAUCGUGCCAGAGAUUGUGGUCGCUGAGUACCGCUGCGCCAGCCUCUUGUCACAACACACACAGGCACAUUCAUCACCCACAAAAUUUCUAGUUCCUCAAUGCAGCGGACAAGGCUUGUCGAGAGGCUCUUCAUGUUGGAACUGUCCAUGGGUACAACUUCAUGAAUGCGUUUAUACCUCGGUAACUUUGAGACCUCCCCCUCCCUAACACUGCCAGCACACCAAAAUCUUGUGAUGAAUCUCUUCUUCUUGCUUGUUGCAAACUUGAUGGCUCUUUAAGCCCUCUAUGGUUCCUCUAAACCCUGCAGCUGACACUGGUGGGCAAGGAUUGUACGGUAAUUGUCCUCCUUGACAUGAUUAAAAAGUAAUGGACUUGCUGGGUAAACAACGGCGAUGACGUAUAUGUGUAUACUGCAACCCGCUAUUCCUUUCCAGGAUACGCGCAGGGUCCCAUUGUUGCACCACUCCAGAGGGUCCUGUCCACUCUGCCAAUGUGGAAUGUGAUCACCUCAUCUUGUUUAUCCUGACUUGACUAGACACAGACUGCUCGAUCCUCAGCUAAGCCAGCUCAAUUGAUUUGUACAGCCACUCCAUACGCACAUGAACGGACAUACAGACAGAUAUACAUACGCGCACGCGCAUGCGGACGCGCACGCGCACACACACAACACCAUGGGCAUCGACCCUUACCAGAACGCGCUUGGUUCGAGCGCGACUGGGAGCGGCCCAUCCUCAAGCUUCCACACAGGCGUUACAGAUGAUACCAGUGCGCAUGGCCACAAGCGCAAGUUGAAGGCUGAGACGCCCGCUGAGGACAAUAAGGACUCUUAUGCAGCCAAUUACGCAACCAACGAGGCCUAUGAUGGAUACUUGGAAGACGUUCCGCCUAACAAGAAGACGUCUAAGGCGAAGACCGCCGGAGCUGACGGUGGCGAGAAGCGCCUGCGACGGCCCGUCCAACCCCAAACAUUUGUGGCUAGCAGACCUGCUUGCAAGAUGGCUUCAGGGUUAACAUUGGACUAACAUUCUUACGAGAUUCCAGAUUCCGCGACAAACCACCUGCCGCCUUCGCUGCCAUCCUCGAGCGUGCCACGACACAGCGAUUCUUCGUCCUCUCUCGCACCCGAGGCGGCACCCAAGACUGCCCAGAGCUGAACCUGCAAGUUUCCGGCAGCACGGGCAACAUCUACAAUGUCUGCAUCGCCCGUCAACCCACCUGCGACUGUCCUCACGCAAGAGGCCGCAACCAG